ACGACGAUUCCUUCUUGUCACUGAAAAUCUUCUCAAUGUCUUCUGAGAACUUGCUUUCGAAUGAAUAGAAUCGUGCAGGACGAUAUGUUGCUUCUCCAGUUCUCUAACAUGGUUGAACCAACUGGUCCCGCCAUCGUAGAGGAUGAACGCACUAAGGCGCUCAACAGCUAUAGAAGAAAAUUGGCAGAGUGCCGUGACAUUGAACAGAAGUUGAAGGACUUGCGAAAAAAAGAAAGCGAGAUGACCAAACAAUUUGACAAAUCCGAGAACGAUAUCAAGUCGUUGCAAUCUGUUGGACAAAUUGUAGGAGAAGUGCUCAAGCAGCUCAGUGAAGAGAAAUUCAUCGUCAAGGCAACCAAUGGUCCUCGUUAUGUUGUCGGAUGCCGUCGCAGUAUUAACAAGGAAGAGUUGAAGCAAGGGACAAGAGUUUCGUUGGAUAUGACAACUCUUACUAUCAUGCGUCAGCUGCCACGUGAAGUUGAUCCGCUAGUCUACAAAAUGUCUCACGAAGAUCCUGGUAACAUUAGCUAUUCAGAUGUCGGAGGACUCGCUGAGCAGAUUCGCGAGCUUCGUGAAGUUGUGGAGCUCCCACUCAUCAAUCCCGAACUCUUUAAACGUGUUGGUAUCACUCCCCCGAAAGGAUGUCUGCUUUUUGGUCCACCGGGAACAGGAAAAACUCUCCUUGCUCGUGCUGUAGCAUCGCAACUGGAUUGCAAUUUCCUGAAAGUUGUCUCGUCUGCUAUUGUUGAUAAAUAUAUCGGAGAGUCUGCAAGAAUGAUUCGAGAAAUGUUCAAUUAUGCUCGUGACCAUCAGCCAUGCAUUGUCUUCAUGGAUGAAAUUGAUGCGAUCGGUGGAAGACGUUUCUCAGAAGGAACAUCAGCAGAUCGUGAAAUUCAGAGAACUCUUAUGGAACUUCUCAAUCAGCUCGAUGGAUUCGAUUCGCUUGGAAAAGUCAAGGUUAUUAUGGCCACGAAUCGUCCUGAUACAUUGGAUCCUGCUCUUCUUCGUCCUGGAAGACUUGAUAGAAAGAUUGAAAUCGGACUGCCAAACGAACAAUCUCGCUUGGAAAUUCUCAAGAUUCACUCGAACAAGAUCACCAAACACGGCGAAAUAGAUUUUGAAGCUGUUGUCAAGUUGUCCGACGGAUUCUCGGCUGCUGAUUUAAGAAAUGUGUGCACAGAAGCUGGAAUGUUUGCCAUCCGUGCUGAGCGUGAAUUCGUUAUCGACGAGGACUUUAUGAAAGCUGUUCGCAAGGUUGGAGACGCGAAGAGACUUGAGACGAAGCUCGACUAUAAACCUGUCUAAUUGAUUUUUUCGUAUUUAUUGGACCUUUCCCGUUUGCAUCUUUUAACCAUUAUCCCGUUUUCAAUGUUUCCGUGUAAAAAAAGAAGAUCCGAAUCAUAAAUUAUUUUUGGCUGGUUCUUGACAUGGAGUAGAUUUCUCGAUAAAUAAUAUUUGUAG